UCACCCACCAGCAGUAGCCUGAGGUAAGCAUCCGCUCAUCAUCACGCGACGUGGCCCAUUUCUUUUGUCAGUGCGAGUUGGCUAGCAGCAGCAAAUCUGCGCGCGGUUUUUACCUUUCUUUUUUCUCCUGGUCCUGAUUGUACCCCACCGCGGGCCCAACGCCGCCGCCGUCGCCGCCGCUGCCUGCCGCUGGAGUGAGGACCAGUAGCAAGGAAGCUCAGCAACGCUCAGCGGCGCUCAGCACAGCGCACGCACAAGUCGUUCCGCCACGCGCCCGGUCAGCGAAAAGAAGACGGCGCACGCUCGGGGAAAGAAAGCACAAAAGAAAAACUCAAGAAGAGGGAGAGGAGGGAGACUGGAAAUUACGCAGCCGCAGCCUGGCCAACCAAGCGUCGCAACGGCAGACUCGGGCACGCGUUCACAGGCUCGUCAUCAGUUUCGGCGUCCCCUCGCCCGUCCAGCUCAGGCUCAACCCCGCCAACUCCAGCUCCGUCGCUGUUGUCCGCGCCCUUCGUACUCGUCGUGCUCACGCCCACGCCCCCGCUCGCGCACGCUUACGCUUGCACGCACUCAGACGUCCUUCAUCCAUCCAUCGCCUUCGCUCUUGAUUAUUAUUUGCUUGUCUGCACUCCACUGCCAGGCCCAGCGCUUCCUCCCUUGCUUCAUCGUCGCUCGUCCUUGGCCGUGUCGUCAUAGCAGGCGCUUUCUAUUCUCUGCUUUUCUCCCCCAACAAACAAAGCCUUUGCUUAGUUUAUAAGACCCCACCCUUCGUCCACAUUCCCUUUUUUUCCUCUGCUCGUACACUCACAAUCAACAACAGACUCCAACAAAUCUCUGGUCAAUUAAAUCCCGCAUCCUCAAAAGAAACCAACAAGAUGGCCAUCAAGAUCGGUAUCAACGGCUUCGGUCGUAUUGGCAGAAUUGUCUUCCGCAAUGCCGUCGAGAAGGACAACAUCGACGUUGUUGCCGUCAAUGAUCCCUUCAUCGACCCCACAUACGCUGUCUACAUGCUCAAGUAUGACUCCACCCACGGCCGCUUCAAAGGCGAGGUGUCAGUAUCCGGGAAUGACCUGACGGUCAACGGCAAGAAGAUCCGCUUCUACCAGGAGCGCGACCCUGGCUCCAUCCCGUGGUCCGAGACUGGCGCCUACUACGUUGUUGAAUCGACUGGUGUAUUCACGACCACGGAGAAGGCCAAGGCCCAUCUCAAGGGUGGCGCCAAGAAGGUCGUCAUCUCCGCCCCCUCGGCCGACGCACCUAUGUUCGUGAUGGGCGUAAACAACAAGACCUACGACCCCUCCAUCGACGUUGUGUCUAACGCGUCGUGCACGACCAACUGCCUGGCUCCCCUUGCCAAGGUCAUUCACGACAAAUACACCAUCAUCGAGGGUCUUAUGACGACCAUUCACUCCUACACCGCCACGCAAAAGACAGUCGACGGCCCUUCCGCUAAGGACUGGCGCGGUGGCCGUACGGCAGCGCAGAACAUCAUCCCCUCGUCCACAGGUGCUGCCAAGGCUGUUGGAAAGGUGAUCCCAGACCUCAAUGGUAAACUGACCGGCAUGUCGAUGCGCGUCCCCACCUCCAAUGUCUCCGUCGUCGACCUCACUUGUCGCAUCGAGAAGGGCGCAACCUAUGACGAGAUCAAGGAGACGAUCAAGGCCGCAGCUGAUGGCGAGCUUAAGGGCAUCCUCGCCUACACCGAGGACGAAGUCGUGUCUUCGGACAUGAAUGGUGACCCACACUCCUCCAUCUUCGAUGCCAAGGCCGGUAUCUCGCUCAACAAGAACUUCGUCAAGCUCGUUUCCUGGUACGACAACGAGUGGGGCUACUCUCGCCGUGUGCUCGACCUUCUUGCCUACAUGGCCGCCGUUGACGGCAACGCGUAAACGAAUUCGCCACGAAACGCCAGACCAUCCGGACCAUCCAUCUGACAUGCCUAUCCUCCAAACUCGGAAUAAAGAUGGCGAACCGUGCGUUAGAUGGAGCACCUGUUCAAUGUGUCUGUCGGCGAAACGGAAGUGGAGGCGCAGGCCUCGUAAAGCUUAUAACACAUCAAAUCACAAGGUGCACAAAGUUUUUCAAGCGAAAGAUCGGUCAUUUCGAUGUCGCAGACGCGGAUGUGGGACGCUAGACGAGUUUCUGUCACGGUAGAGAAAACUUGGAGGGGUUUUGCAUCUAAAAUCACAAUCCAAAUACAUAUAAAAACAAAUGAAGUUCCCCUCAGCAGCAUGACUUCUCUGUCUUCCGUCCAUUCGUGUUUCCACUUGUACUCUAUCUCCACUUCUGCACCGCUCGUAGGCGAGCUCGAAAUCACUGGCUCAGCUUGUUACCCCCAUGAAA